UAUUCCGGUUGUGGGAAGGGGUUUCGGUUAUAAUAAAAGACUCGAAGGGGAAUGUGAGGAAGAAACCCUAAAUCGCCAUGGAUAAGGAGAGAUACAGGAGCACCAGGGACGAUCGCGAUCGUGAUUCGAGUGCGGAUCGUUCGCCGGAACGCGAAGCCGGACGCCGCCAUCGCGAUGGCGAUUCGAAGCGUCGCGAUUCAGAUCACCACCGGUCAUCGAGGCGCGAGGAUAGGGAGGAUGAGAGAGAUAGAACUCGGGAGAGAAGGAGAUCUGUCGAGCGAAGCGAGAGGGAAGGGAGUAGAGAUAGGGAGAGGUCUCACGAAGGAAGUAAAGAUAAGGAAACGAGGAGCAAGAGGAAAGAGAGAGAGGAGGAGAACGGGAAUAAGGAAGGGAAGAAGAGAUCUAGGUUCUCUGAUGGGAGUGGUGGUGGUGGUGAGAGGAGAAGCAGGUUUGAGGAUGAGAGCAAAAAUGAUCAAGUGAGUGAGGGUUCUAGGGCUACGAACGCAGCUAGUGACGUCUCCACUGGCGUCACUUCGCAUAGUUCUUUAGCUUCGGAAACGUCUUUAGCCCCUAGUCAAACCCUGCUCACUAAGGUAUCUUCAAUAUCCACAACGGAUGAAAAUAAGAGUAUUGUCAGGUCUCAUGAGGUUCAUGGAAAAUCUAGUACAGAUGGAAGAACUUCCGGGCAAAGUAGUUCAAACUUGUCUCUUGAUGCAUUAGCUAAAGCUAAGAAAGCUAUUCAGCUUGGAAAGGGAUUAGCCGACAGGUUUAAGAAACUUUCUUCGGCGAAUCAAGGUAUUAAGUUGGCUUCAGAAGGUAGCCCACAUGCUAGAGUGCCACCAUCGACUACCACUCCUGCUGUCUCUGCAGGAACAUCUUCUGCUUCAGCAUUACCACAUGCUGUCUUGCCUGGCCUUGGGAAUAAGGUCAACAUUGAAGCUGUUAAGAGAGCUCAGGAGGUGGCAGCUAGGAUGGGGUACCGUCAGGAUCCAGAGUUUCCUACCAUUAUCAAUUAUCUUCUAGGACAGACACCUGCAGAGACGAUGGCUGUUCAACAGAAACCUGCAAAGGCUCCUGUUCUGCGUGUGGAUGCCCUUGGAAGGGAGAUAGAUGAACAUGGAAAUGUGAUUAGCGUGACUAAGCCAAGCAAUCUUAGUACAUUAAAGGUUAAUAUCAACAAACAGAAGAAAGAUGCCUUUCAGAUUCUUAAACCUCAACUGGAAGUAAAUCCAGAAGAAAACCCCCACUUUGAUCCGAGGAUGGGGAUUGACAAAAACAAGAUUUUGAGACCCAAGCGUAUGAGUUUUCAGUUUGUUGAGGAAGGUAAAUGGACAAGAGAUGCUGAGAGUUUGAAGUUGAGGAGUCAAUUUGGUGAAGCAAAAGCAAGAGAGCUGAAGGUGAAGCAAGCGCAUCUGGCUAAGGCCAGGGAUGAUAUAAAUCCAAAUUUGAUCGAGGUAUCAGAACGUGCCCCGAGAAAAGAGAAGCCCAAGGAGAUAAUCCCAGAUGUUGAGUGGUGGGAUGCAGCUGUCCUCACAAAUGGCGUGUAUGGCGACAUAGCUGAUGGUACCAUUACCGAUAGCGAUCUGAAGACAGAAAAACUAACACAUUACAUAGAGCAUCCACGUCCCAUAGAGCCACCUGCAGAGGCAGCGCCUCCACCACCCCAGCCUCUUAAACUGACAAAGAGGGAGCAGAAGAAACUUCGAACCCAGAGGCGUCUGGCAAAAGAAAAGGAGAAACAGGAGAUGAUCAGACAAGGGUUGCUUGAACCACCAAAAGCAAAGGUGAAAAUGAGCAAUCUGAUGAAGGUUCUUGGGUCUGAAGCAACGCAAGACCCAACCAAGCUUGAGAAGGAGAUCCGCACAGCAGCAGCCGAACGUGAACAGGCUCACACGGACAGGAACGCAGCACGGAAGCUAACACCUGCAGAGAAACGUGAGAAGAAAGAGAGGAAGCUUUUCGAUGAUCCAACAACGAUCGAGACAAUAGUGUCGGUGUACAAGAUCAACAAGCUCUCUCAUCCUAAGACGAGAUUCAAGGUGGAGAUGAACGCUAGGGAGAACAGAUUAACCGGGUGUAGCGUGAUGACAGAUGAAAUGAGUGUGGUGGUGGUGGAGGGUAAGAGCAAAGCCAUAAAGAGAUACGGGAAACUGAUGCUGAGGCGGAUAAACUGGGCAGAAGCAGUGAAGAAGGAUGAGAAGGAAGGAGAGGAAGAAAACGAUGACGAAGAAGAGAAUGGUGGAAACAACAAGUGCUGGUUAGUUUGGCAAGGAAGCGUUGGGAAACCGAGUUUUCAUAGGUUUCUUGUACAAGAGUGCUUAACUGAAUCUGCUGCCAAAAAAGUUUUCACGGAUGCUGGUGUCGCUCACUACUGGGACCUCGCGGUCAACUACACAGAAGACUAAAUCUUUCCUUCCUCCACUUCCUAUUCUGUCAGUUGCUAUAAUGUCUCAUACUUAUCAAUCAUCUCCUUUAAAACGCUUCAACUGUUGAACAAUGUUAUGGGUCUUUCCAGGAGUCAUUUACGGUUCUCUGAACAAGUGUUGUGUUUUGCUUCUUGUCGUGUUGGUGUUUUCACUUUUGAACAAGAAUUUGAUCUGUAUUUGUGCUUAGGUAAUCUUGGUAAAAUGUUCUGAAAUG